AUGUUGGAAGGCUUCGAUACAUUCACUAUCACAACCCAGGAUGAGCCGCACGUAUCAAUAUUCGGCAUCAAGAGUGGCGAUGCCUCGUCAUCGAAGCGGCCGCCGUUGUUACUCCUCCACGGAUUCCCACAAUCGCAUCGCAUCUGGCGCCGGGUUGCAGCACAGGUACAGGACAAAUACAAUAUCGUCAUAAUCGACUUGCGCGGAUACGGAAACUCAUCCAAGCCGGCCGAUAUAUCGCAGUAUGUGAAAAGCUUUAUGGCUCUCGAUUGCAUCAAAGUGAUGGAUGAGCUGGGCAUCACAGAACCAUUCUUCGUCUGCGCCCAUGAUCGGGGUGCAAGAGUGGCUCACAAAUUAUGUGUCGACUAUCCAGACCGCGUGCGCAAGGCCAUAUUUCUGGAUAUAUGUCCUACGCUUGCAAUGUAUUCAGUCGAGAAUCCCAACUUUGCAAAGACUUACUGGCAUUGGUUCUUCUUGAUCCAGAAAGAGCCACUGCCGGAGACGCUCAUAUCUGCAAGCGCCCGGCAAUUUGCGGAAUUAUUUAUGGGAGGUCGACAGAAGAGUGGGCUGGCUAUUUUCGAAAAGGAGAGUCUGGAUAGUUACGUUGAGAAUCUCGAGGACCCGGCGACAAUACAUUCUAUGUGCCAGGACUAUCGCGCAAGCGCUACAAUAGACUUGGAUGAGGCGCGGGAGGAUGCAAAGCAAGGGAAACUACUUCAAAGCCCAUUGAGGGUCAUAUGGGCUAGACAUGGCGUCAUUGGCAAAUGUUUUGAUGCCGUUCAGGAAUGGAAGACUGCUAGCAACGCUUGGGUAGAUGGUCAUGACGUUGAUUCGGGGCAUUACAUCCCGGAGGACGUGCCAGAUGAAGUUGUAUCUAAUAUCCUGGAUUUUCUACAAUAA